AUGGAUGUCAACAGCAGCCCGUUUCCUCGGAAGAAGCAUCAGGUGUUCGUAAGUUUCCGUGGAGAGGAGCUUCGGUGUGGUUUCGUCAGCCAUCUUGUGGAAGCUCUCCAGAGACAUGGGAUCAACGUUUUCAUUGACAAACUCGAGAGCAUUGGCCAAGAUCUUGCCAAUCUUUUCACGAGGAUCGAGGAGUCUACCAUCGCUUUGGUGAUAUUCUCCAGGAGAUACACGGAGUCAAAAUGGUGCUUAGAUGAGCUCGUGAAGAUCAAGGAACGUGCAGAUCAAGGCUUGCUCAAGGUCAUUCCUAUUUUUUUCAAAGUGAAACCAAUCACUGUGAAACAACUCAGGGGAGCGUUCGGUGAUCAGUUCAGGGAUCGAGAGUGGGAAUAUCGGUGUGAUACACACAGAACGGAGAGUUGGAAGGCAGAAGCAUUGGCAUCUGUUUCUUGCAAAUUUGGCCUGACCUUUGACAAGAAAAGCAAGGAGAGUACAUUCGUCAGGAUUAUCGUUAAGGAGGAGGAGGACAGUGUACGAACACUAGCAGUGGGUCAAGAUCAGAUGGAUCUAUCAAGAGACAGUGUUCUUGUGCAAGAGAACUCUUACAUUGCCGACCAGAUUGUAGUGCUUUCCAAUGCUUACGUGAAUAUAGAAUAUCAGAACAGCGUUCUAAGGGCUCAGCUCGCUGUACUAAGGGAGUGGCUGCACUCACUAAACUACAUCAUUGAGAUGUCGGAAGGAGUCAUCGGAGAGGUUCAUAAAAUUCCUCAGUUACCGAUAAACCCUUGA